AUGGCGACGAGGCCCGCGAUAGACGCGCCUACGAAGAACUCGACCAUCCAGGUCACGACGCGCCAUGAUCGCUCCAUGCUUAUGAUCCUGCUGCAAAUGCUACUUCGCCCCUUUCACAAUCACAUCGGACGAUCAGGACAUUCGCGACCGAAGGGCUCAAUGGAGAUCAAGCCGUCGCCAAUCGGAACCAAGAAAUGCGAUGUCACUCACCGAGUAGUGUGCGAUAUCCAUGUGUACGACUUGAUAACGAAGGAACCACCAAAAUCCACUCCGAAGAAGCGCAUAUACUAUUUUGGCGGCGGUGGGUGGCAGACACCACCUUCAUCCCAACAUUGGGGCAUGUGUUCGAGGCUGGCUCAGGACGUGCCCGGCACGACUGUUUCGCUUGUGUCAUACCCACUUGCACCCAACAAUCCGGCACCCGAUGCAUUUCCAUGGCUUAUGCGCUUCUAUCGCGACAUCAUGACAACGGCGGAAGAGGUGGGCGAAAAGAUCAUUCUGGCGGGCGACUCUUCGGGAGGCAACAUCGUCCUCUCGUUGAUCCUCGAAGCCUUGCGAGAAGAUGAUCAGAACUUGGAUGUGGGGGCAAAGCGUGCACCGCAUCCUGUAGCCAUCUUCGCGACAUGCCCUUCGACCGACCUUACCCGCGACAACCCCGACAUCAAGAAGACGGAGAAGAACGAUCCUAUGCUUACGGUCAAGUUUGUCAAGUCGACAGCCAAAGCCUGGUGUGGAGAUUGGGACCCUACCGACCGAAGAGUAUCGCCCAUCAAUGCGGACAUCUCUUUACUCGCAAAGUACGGUGUACACGUACAUGGAAUUACUGCUGGCUACGACGUUCUUUGCCCGGACGGCAUCCUGUUCAGGAAGAAGCUCGAGGAAAACGGCGUCAUAGGGCAGUGGCUACACUGGGAGAGGCAAAUGCAUUGCUUCGUCCUAACGUACCCAUAUGGAUUGCGGGAGGCCAAAGAGGCCGUCGAUUGGGCGGCCGACGUGCUGAAAGAUGAUUAA